UCCCCCACGUUUCCUCUCCGCUUGCGCAACAAAGUCAAGAUCUACUCUGACCUUCUAACACCAUGUUUCAAUCACAGAGUAUGAAAGAACACGAUUUUUGUGUUCAAAUGUUGUCAUUGCCUUGAUCGCUCACACGAUUCAAUGAGAAGAUCUGAUUGAAGAGGAUGCAUACUUUUUCCCCGUGCUAGCCAUCGUAGUGUCUGUCUUCCCGUUGGUCUUGAUGCAGCUAGAUUCGCAGCCUCCCAGUACAACUGUAGAUUCAGUUUUUCCACAACCCAGAGUUCGUCACAUCUGAGAAAUCUAUGACAUUUUGCUUUCCCAUCGCGCCAUCUUUGCUGAGAACUUGAUUUCAGUGCAAGAGAAUUUAUGCCCAGCAGGCUCACGCAGACGAAUUGUGACACUACGAAGGGAAGAUCAGUUUUCUUCGGGAGAGCCGGGCUUUCGGAUUGAAGAGAGGGCCUCCUGUACGCGCUGAAGGAGAGAGCAGGAGAGAAAGGAAGGGGCAGGUGCGUCCAUCGUCAGUCACGCUCCUGAACGGGAAAUGGACUCCGCACACGAGGAACCGGAGCUUCCCUCCGCCAUCCAGGACCUUCUACAGCGACUGGAAGGACAACGCGAGCCUUUAACGGAGCUUCCCAAUUUAAGCUGGCGCGCUCCGGAGUUCUUUCCGGAGCGUGCAUCACUUUCGACAAUCACAGGGUGGCGAAGCCAAGUGCGCCAUCGAGUGCUGGAGGCAAUCGGCAACUGCAACACCUUUGAGAGUCUGAACGUGGGAGACAUUUGUGGGAGGUUGACGGCAAGCGAGAGGGAGAUCGUUUUCAGAGGUUUCAGGUCUAGCCCCGAUCUACAACGGAUAUACGUUUGUGAGUUAGAGGCUUCAGAUGAUGCGGAAAUGGAGAGCGUGUGUUUAGAGCUGGGGAGAAUUCUGAAUUCUUCUAGCGUUACAAUUUUAAAAGUGUACAGGUGCAGAUUGAGUGCCAGAUGUUGGUCGAAUCUCGCCUCAGGACUGCGAGGACAUUCCGAUUCUAAACUCCAGUCUUUGAUUGUAUGGGACGCGUGGGAGGACGAGAGUGCGGUGAAGCAUGUGGCUGAGAUGAUCAACAGUGCUCCUCUAUUAGAAACGUUGAGUUUAAAGAAAUGGAAGGAGUGGGAGGACAUGGAGGACGAGACCGUUGGAAUCCUGUCCCAGACGUUGAUCCAGAGCUCGUCGUUGAGAGAUUUGGGCCUAGGAGGCGCGGGGAAGUGGGGAGGGCCCUUGUUGCUGAAAGCAUUGGCCGGAGACGACCGCAACCGAUCCAUUGAACGUCUUGACUUGUCGCGUAUGGAUGGACUCGGAGACUGUUUAAGGGAAUUACUUAUUUCCAACCCAUCAUUCAAGGAAGUGAAGCUGUACAAGGUGAAGAUGAGUCCUGAGGAAUGGCACCAGCUCGGCGAAGUCAUACGUGACAAUGCUAUAGCGAUAACUAUACAUUUUUUGUGUCGAUCUUAUGAUGACGUGAAGUCAAUAGAAGCUCUUGCUCGUUCUGCUAGCUCCGAUGUCAAUGACGCCACACUGAAGCUUGACAUAUAUAUUUGGGAGAAGGAGGAAGAUAAGGUGAAGGGUAAGGAAGAUAAACUGAAGUUGUCAUUAAACCUAUUAGGUAGGGUGCUGCGCGGUGAAAUCAAAUCUCUCAAAUCUCUGGUUAUACGGCAGAGUGAUAAACCAAUUAUCACUUUCAGUAUCCUCCCGAUGAAUGGGAAAACUGGAGAAACCUCAGUCCCGAAGAGGCUGAAAUUAUCUGUUCGAAGUGAAGAUCUUUCGAAGGGAGUAUGGGAGGAGCUGCUUCGGUGCAUGCGAGGGAACCACCUCACUCACUUGGAUUUGUGUUCCUCCAAACUCGACGAGGAGGCGUUCAGGGACGUGAUGGGAGUACUGCAAGUGAACUUGGCUCUCCAGGAAAUCGACGUCUCACGAACAUCGUGGGUAACGGACGGAAAGGCAGCGCUGAUUCAAGACGCCCUGCAGCAGAACAAGGAGCGGGCCGUCUACAUGUCCGUGUUCCGGGAAGCGAACUUAACAUUCGGAGAUGCAAAAGCUGGCCGACUCUUCUUAUGCGGCUCUCCUCGAGCAGGAAAAACUCAACUGCGUAAAACCUUGAUGAGGAUAAAUCAUAGCUGGCUACACAGAAGCAGUCCAUUCAUGAAAUGGGAGGCAUUGUGGAGGACCAAAGGGAUUGAAGUGGAGUUUUUGCAAAAUAAUGACAAAAUGCAAAUUUCAGUUUGGGAUCUUGCAGGACAAUGGAUUUUCCGUACCCUUCAAACUGUACUCUUCCCUCAAACCAACAAUUUUUGUGUUUUUCUUUUUGUGUAUAGCCCUUUCUGUGAAGAAACAUCUUCAAUCAAACCUGAAUCUUGUUUCAAAACGGAGUUGGAGGAGUGGUUGAGUUUUAUAACAUCUAGCACUAAGGUCACAGGACGUGAUCUUCCCCAAGUUAUUGUUGUGAUUUCUCACAAGGAUAAAGCCAUAUCCAGCUCUUUGAGUUGGGCUCAUCCCAUAGUGGAAGAAUUGACUAAAAGAUUCGCAAACUUUGUGGAUCUUCGUCCUAUUCAAGAGUGUUUUCAUGUGGAUGCUCGGAAGAAGAAACAAGUUAGUUCUCUUAACAAACACAUUUUUGAGAAUUUCCACAAUGUGUUGAGAGAGAAAUCCCCACAAGUUCCCGAAUUGUGUUUACAUCUCACCUCUCUCUUGGUUACAAACACCAAGAAGAACAAAAGUUUUCCUUUGUGGCCAUCCGAAAAGUUUUAUGAUUUUUGUGUUUCCGAUUUGAAAAAGUUCAUUCCAUCAUCUUCUGCUCACUCUGUUGAACAUUCAAGGAUAAUGCAAUCUAUCAUAUCCUACUUGAAUGAUGUUGGAUCCAUCAUUUACAUCCCCAACCUUGAUUACAUCAUUGUCGAUCCCAACUGGCUCACUAAUACCUUCUUGGGUGAGCUGAUAACUCUGGGUCAAAACUUUCAAGCUCAAAAGCCAGAGUCUUCUUAUAGUAUGAGCUCAUACGCAAGCAAGGACGGAUUUGUGAGCGAGAUUGUCUUUGCUGGACUGAUAGAGAAGUUUCUGGGAAAGCAACCACGCUUUCAACAUGUGGAUAGAAAGGUGCUUGAAAACAUUCUCAUCAAUUUAGAUUUGUGUUUCAAGCUGGAAGAUAAUUCUGAGUAUUUCAUUCCUUCCUUCAUCCCUGAGCAUGCAAGCAAGGAGGAACAGAAUCAUGGAGAAGGGGCCCACGCGAAGUCAAUGGAUUGGGAAAAUAGAGGUGACACUCCACAGUUUGUCGGCAUACGGAUUCAAUGCAAAGAUGAAAGAACAAUGUUACUGACGGCUGCUUUUUUUCCACGCUUCCAGAUGUUCAUGAGACGCAAGUUGAUAUCCGAGAUGGGUGUUUCCGGGAAGAAUGUGACCUGCUCUCGAAAUUAUCUGCGACUUUUCCAUGACGGACAUCAGAUAUAUAUCGAGCACGUUCAGAGUGAAAAGUCCCACAAAUACGUAGAUGUUCUGAUGUUAUGCUCGAGUCAGAAGUCAAAGGAGGCGGCUAUUACAUACGUGAGAAAGCAUAUCGUCCAAGAGUUGAUAUCAUUUUGCGCGUCACCAAAAGGCUGUCCAGGGGUGGCGUUAGUGCUCAGUGUGAUCCAAACAUUUUGUGUGGAGAGGCUGAUUCCAAGUCAUCUCAGAGGAGCCAUCUUGAUCGAGACGUUGAAAUCGGAUUUCAUUCGUAACAUCAAUGACAAACUUGAGGAAAUGCCCUUGGAAAGAUUGCACUUGAUGGAGAAGGAAGAGUUGUUGCACUUGUUGGAAAAGGAAGAGUUGUUCCACUAUGAGCAGUGUUGGCCUCGGAUUAAAAGGUACACCGGCGGAACAUCCGAACUAGCAAGGGAUUUGUUGUGGAAGAGCGAUGUGGAUGCAGUUGUGAAUGAGAUUUGUCAGAAUCAAAGUCUACAAUUGGAGUCAUUGCAGGAAGCUAUAGAUAGUGUGGACAAUGAUUUGGCUCAGUGUUAUCCUGGAGCUGAAAACAUGGUUAGCGACUCGAAUCUUCCACAAAUGAAUGAUCUCAAACCACCCACAUCCAAGUGCUUGAGUCCGGCCAGCACAAGUGUGGAGAAUCCUUCGACCCAACUUAUUGUGUCCAAGAUUGAGAAGCUAGAAGAAAAGAUGGAACAAAAGCUUGAUGGUUUGGAUGAGAGGUUAAGAUCAAUGCAGAGCUCAAUGGGACAGAUACUCUCUGUGCAACAAGAACUGCAGUCAAAGUUGAGUGUCUUCAUGUCUAAGGUGGACAGGAGCAUUGGCUAUUCGCAAGAGAUUCAGCAGCAGAAAACGCCUAAACGACCCUAUGUUACGGAUGAUGUGGGACAUUUCUAUAGGUUGAGUGCAGGUCUGCAUGUCGCGAAAAUUGUUCGACUUCACUUGAUGUGUGAGUCGAUGACUGGGUUUCACACUGUCAAAGAUCAAGAAGGGUUGAAGUUAAGAUUGGAUUUGGAGAAGUGGGAGUGGAUUCGGAGAACUAUUGAAAUUUCGUACAAAGUCAUAUAUUAUGGUGCAAAGGCUGCACUGACUAAGUUCUGCGGGUUGGGCGAAGCGAUUCCGGCCUGGGCAGAUUUGGAAUCGGAUAUUGUUAAACUGGACGGUAUCAGCAAUGAAGAUCGCAGGGCAGUUCUAACAGGUGGGGAUAGCAAGGAGCUGCAAGAAGCAUGGUUGAGGAUUCAGCAAAUUCUUGCGCCUGAGCUUGAAAAUCGCUAUUCCAAAAUCUUCAAGUUGUAUUUGGUGAGCUUAAAAAAAGGUGGCCAUGCAUGGGUGUGCGAGAAGUGCAUGAAAAAAGGCCAUGAUUGUGGAAUUUUGACAUGUUAGUAUUUAGAAGAGGUUAGAAUGCCACUAUGCAAUUGACAAGCAUAUGUUUAGACCCUCAUGCAAUAUACAACUCUGGAAAUUCUUCCUUGCAG